AUGGGUAAAUGUGGCAGGGAUGAUGAUACAGAUAAGACGAUAUCUGAUAAUGAAGAAGAAGAAGAAGAAGAAGACACGUCUUCGUCUUCAUUUUCUGAUGACUCCAGCUAUGUAAUGGUGGAUUCUGAUGAUGAUGAGGAGGAGACGAUUGCUGAUGACGUAACUGAAGAAGAUGGGAACGAUUCAAACAUUGAAUAUGAAGAAGAAGAUAAGGAGGUGGUGGGUGAUGUGAAGAAUUGUAGGUCGGAUGAUCAUGAGUCCAACUCUCAACAAAAUUAUUUGUCGGAUGAUGAUGAGUCCAACACUGAACAAGUGGAAAAUUAUUCACCGGAUGAUGAUGAGUCCAACGCUCAACAAGUGGAGAAUUAUUCACCGGAUGAUGACGAGUCCAAGGCUGAACAAGAGGAGAAUUAUCCAUCGGAUGAUGCUGAGUCCAAGGCUCAACAAGUGGAGAACUAUCUGUCGGAUGAUGAUGAGUCCAACGCUCAACAAGUGGAGAAUUAUUCACGGGAUGAUGAUGAGUCUAAGGCUGAACAAGUGGAGAGUUAUUCGCCGGAUGAUCAUGAGUCUAAGGCUGAACAAGUAAUGAGUUCUACGUCGGAUGAAGCCAACACUGCAGAAGAUGGGAGCGAGCUAGGCUGUUGA